AUGGAGAAGAUUAUUCUUUUUCUCAGUUCAAUUAACCAUUAUUUGCAGUCAGUUGGGUUCACUGGUGCGGCUAGUUUUAUUCUUGCUGUCCUAUGGUUUACCUCGUUCGGCUUGGCGCUUGCUGUUCAUCUAUGCCGUGGAUGGGGCAUUAACAUCAAGGACAAAGGAUCGAAUCGUUCACAAAGGAUUUGUCUUAUACUGCUUGUAUUGUUCACUGUUGCUGCAGCGACUGGAUGUAUCCUCCUUUCUGUUGGGCAGGAUAAGUUCCAUGAUGAAGCUUUGGAUACCCUCCAUUAUUUUGUCAAUCAGUCAGAUUAUAUAGUGCAGACUCUAAGAAAUGUCACUUAGUACCUCCUCGCAAAAACUAUCGAUGUCACUCAGAUGCUUCUUCCGUCUGAUGUCAUGGAUGGUAUUGACAAGCUGAACGUGGAUCUAAAUACUGCAGCAGAUACACCUUCUGAGAAGACAAAUGAAAAUUCAGUUAAAAUUCGAGGAGUAUUCAACGAUGGGCGUCUAGCUCUGUAUGUUGUGGCAGCAGUGAUGCUUCUUGUGGUUCUAAUUGGACUCCUCCUGUCUGUCCUUGGAUAUCAACAUGCAAUCCUCAUAUUUGUUAUCACUGGAUGGUUACUGGUUGCAACCACAUUCAUUCUUUGUGGAGUAUUCAUGAUCCUUAAUAAUGCAAUUUCUGACACCUGUAUGGCCAUGGGAGAAUGGGUAGCAAAUCCACACAUUGAAUCUGCUCUUAGUAAUGUCCUUCCAUGUGUUGAUCAGAGAACCACAAACAAAACACUUUUUCAAAGUAAACAAGUGGUCACCAAUAUUGCAAGUGUUGUCAAUCGGUUCAUCUAUAACACUGCAAACAUAAAUGCAACAAAAGGUAGUUUUGACUACUACAAUCAGUCUGGGCCUUCAAUGCCAUCUUUGUGCUACCCCUUUGAUACUCAGUUUCAAGAGCGCCAAUUUAUGGCCCAAGAAGUUUCUUCUGCCAAUGCUUCAAUGGUGUGGAAGAACUACGAAUGUGAGGUAUCUGAAUCUGGUAUUUGCACCAGAGUUGGCAGGGUGACCCCUGAGAUUUACUUACAGUUAGUGGCUGCGGUGAACGAAAGCUAUGCAUUGGAACAUUAUACUCCACCUUUACGUAGCCUUCAGAAUUGCAAUUUUGUCAGGGAUGCAUUCACAAGAAUCACUUUGAGUUACUGUCCUCCAUUGAACCAUUACCUUAAGAUUAUCAAUGUAGGACUUGGCCUCGUUUCAGUUGGUGUUCUGCUCUGUCUUGUUCUCUGGAUCCUCUAUGCAAACCGCCCCGAAGGGAGGAAGCGUUUGAGAAGUUAUCCUUACCAGAAAAUAUAA